CCCCUUUGCCCUCAGACACAUCUCUCGCUCACUCUCUCUCUCUCUCUCUCUCUCUCUCCCCAUGCUGAAAUCGCCCUAAGAGGAAGAAGGAAAUAAGCUUAACGUAUAGAGGAGAAGAAAGAAUGAACUGGCAUGAGCAAGGAAACAUGAAGGCGGCCAUGGAAGAGCUGAUAAGGGGGCAGGAGCAGGCAACUCGCCUGCAAUCCAUGCUGAAAGACAUGCUCCCACCGGAGAACCCAUCCGGCCCGGCCGCCGACUUGCUCAUCGAGGUCUUGAGCUCCUUCUCCAAGGCACUGUCUCUACUGGACCUGGGAAGUUCAGCUGAGGCAAACCCCCCUUCUUCUAAUGGUGGCGUGAGGAGGAAGAUGCAGUCUCCUCGGAGAGUUAGUUGCAGAGGAAGACAACAUCCAUAUACAUGUAGAACGACAUUCUUGAAGACCAUUGAGGAUGGCUUUACAUGGAGAAAGUAUGGACAGAAGAAUAUAUAUGGUGCCAAGCAUCCAAGAAGCUACUACAGAUGCAUCCACAAGCAUGGCCAAGGCUGCCAGGCCACAAGGCAAGUGCAACGGACCGAGCAGGACGACUCCACCUUCGCCAUCAUCUACAUGGGAGAUCACACAUGCACCGACGCCACCACGCCGCGCGAUCAACCCACACAUCACGACAUCACUUCCGGAUCGAACACCGCCGCGGCCAACGAUCGCCGGGCGACUCCUCCCUCGUCCGCCCUUGGGAAUCCGAAGCAGGAGUGCGAGGAGGAAGUGAUAAGCAACCACUCACCGAGCACUCCUUCCUCCUCGCAGCUUCUCAAGCUACCGGCGCUGUCAGCGUUUGAAGGCUCGUCUCCUCCAAUGGCGCAGCUCAUGGAAGCUGUUUCGGAGCAGUACUGUAGCUUGGAGAUGGAGUUCGAUCCUUCCGAAUUCAAGCUGGAAGACAUGUUUGAACUGAGCCAUGAUGGGUACAACUGUUAGGGGGAAGAGUAGCAGAAUUCUUGUAUCUUAUCAGAUUUCGACCAUGCUUAUGUACAGUGAAUCUUUGUAUUCUUCAUGAUUUCCAAUCAAUGAGGAUGGGAGCUGUCAGUGUUCGAAGAUUCGUCUCCUCCAAUGGCGAAGCUCAUGCAAGCUGUGUCAGAGUAGUACUGUAGCUUGGAGAUGGAGUUUGAGCCACUGUCACCAUGAUGAGUAGUUUGGGAGGGAAAGUAACUUAAUUCUGAGAUCUUAUCAGAUAGCUUAUGUACAGUAUGAAUCUAUGUAUUCUUAGUGAUAUCUAAUCAAUGAGGACGGCUUAUAAUGGUGGCUGUAA